AUGAACAUUUUCAUUGCAAGUGCAACAUUAUUUUUUAUUUUUACUUAUUUGUGGCUUAAAAAGCGUCGAAAUUAUUGGAAUAUUCGUGGAUUUCCAUCAGCUGAACUUAUUUUUCCAUUUGGAUCAUUGAAGGGAAUCGGAACUGAGAAAUCUUUGUGUAUUGGACUUGAUGAAUUUUAUAAAAAGUUUAAAGGCAAAGGUCCCGCAGUUGGAUUGUUUUAUUUUGUGAAACCAAUGCUUAUGCCAAUUGAUCCCAAGUUGAUAAAAAAUAUUUUGAUUACAAACUUCGAUUGCUUUCAAGAUCGAUUGAUUUAUUAUAACAAAGAAGACGAUCCAAUCUCAGCGCAUUUAUUAGCACUUGAAGCAAAUAAAAAGAACGUCAUCAAGUUUUUCUACAACACAUUUAAACAUAACUUGGAAUAUCGUGAACGAAAUAAUAUUGUGAGAAAAGAUUUCCUGCAGAUUCUUCUCGAUUUGAAAAAGUCAGCGUCUUUGACUGUGUCGGAAAUGGCUGCUGAGAGCUUCAUAUUCUUCCUGGGUGGUUUCGAAACCUCCAGUUCCCUUUCAGUCUUUGCGAUUUAUGAACUCGCACUUAACGUUGAGAUUCAAGAAAAUCUUCGAAAUGAAUUGAAGGUGGAAAUUGAGAAGAAUGAUGGAAAACUGACUUAUGAUCUUUUGUUUCAAUUGAAAUUUCUCGACAUGGUAAUGAACGAAACGUUGAGAAAAUAUCCACCAGCUUUCAUCAUAACGAGAAACAGCACGAAAGAUUUUAAAAUACCAGAAACUGAAAUGGUCAUACCAGCAAAUACCGACAUAAACAUUAAUGUUUUAUCGAUUCAUCGCGAUCCGGAAUAUUAUCCUGAGCCGGAAAAGUUUGAUCCGGAAAGAUUUACGAGCGAAAAUAUCAGAAAUCGAAAACCAUUUACAUUUAUUCCCUUUGGUGAUGGACCUCGAAAAUGUAUUGGAGGAAGAUUUGGAAUGCUUCAAGCAAAGCUAGGAAUCGUGAAAUUAAUUCUUAAUUUCGAAUUCUUGCCAUGUGGUCAAACAACAAUCCCAAUGAAGUUCUCACCACCAGCGCUUUUCCUUUCACCCGCUGAUAGGAUGUGGUUGCGUGUGAGAAGACUUUAA